CGGGCUUUCACCAAACACCAAACCUCUUUGGGCAUUUUAACGCAUGCGUCUGGUGCCCCGACAAGGAGGAACCUGUGAACAUCAACAGCUGCAGACUUCAAUUAACAACAAAAUAAACGAAAUACAAAGGUCCCAGGCAAAAACAGAAUUUUGCAAGCUUGCCGGCAUUCAUCAUUUUACUCAAUUCUUGCAUGUGAAAUUCGCACAUCCACACAAUCUAUUCCAGUAAUUGGUUUUGUUUACAUGUAUAAAAUUUAAGAUUGAGACGAGCAAACAGUAACCAUAGGGCGCUUAACCAUGCACAAAGCUUCAGUAGAGGAGACUCUAAAACUGAAGCGGCUACAUGUCGAUCAGUGGUCCAUUCGUGAACAACUUGCAUUGGCAUCAUCGGUCCUUCGCAGUGGGGACCAAAAUUGGGCAUCUGUGAGCAGGGCCAUCAAACCGUACGGAGAGAAGGACAGACCGAACGAUUGGUUCUCUCAAAAGAACUGCGCCCUUCAGUACGAGAAACUGCUGGAGAAUGUCGAGACUCCCAAACGCCGGAGAGGCGACAAGGCCGAGGAAUCAAAGCCUUUUACUCCAGGCGAGCUUAUUGUUGAGAAGCUCCGAUCUCAGAGGCUGGAGGAAUUGCAGGCUGCGAUGGAGAACGUGAAGAAGCAGUAUGCUAAGACGAAACAAGAGUAUAUAAAAGUCAGUAUAAACGCGUCAGAGGAGUACCUUGACAAGAUGAUAGCUGAGAUGGAUGAGGAAGCUAAACAGGAGGAAGAAAAGAAAAAGCAGCAUAAAAUCUGGUUGAAAGAGAGGGAAGAAAAAAUCAACGAGAUUCAACGAGCCUGGCGACCACAUUCAUUCUUGAGAAAGAAGACACUGGAGAUGAGUGCGAGCAGCGACGCUGAAAUCUCGCAGGACAGCGUGCUGAGCGAAGGCAUUUCUGUUGAGCAGCCGUCCGAGGAGCAAAAGCCAACGCCUGCGACCCCAACGUCGCCCCUGCUCACCCACCUGCUCCAGAGCAGUGCCACGGUCUCUCAGUCGUCAAUUUUGCAUUCGGUCAUAAUGGCGCAGCGACAGACGAGUGGCAAACCAACCAUCGGCAGUCUAUUGGCCACGUCCACACCUGUCAAGAGAGACGUCGUUCCUUUCCUGCCAGCUGUGUCCAGCUUGGCCUCUAGUUCUGUGGCAGGUACUGAGCAGCAGCAGCAACAACAACAACAACAGCCAGCUGCAGGGACGAGCUCACCUUCCUCAGGUGCUCCAACUCUAUCGAUGCUGUUAGAACUGCCACCGAGCAUCCCUGGGACGCCUCUUCCCGAGCUUCCAUCCACCAGCGAUGCGGUCGACUCUCAAGGAUUAAUUGCAGCCAAACCAUUGCCGCACACAGACACCAGCUCUUCCACCUCCCUUCCUGUUUUGCAAUCGACCGUCGAGAGCAGCAAGGAAUUCGAAGAGCAACUGCAGAAGUUUGAUCGAAAUGCGGUUGAUAAUAGUCAGACCAAUGUGCUGGAAGAGCUGCCGCAAGACGUGGUGGAGCUGAUUGAGGAGGUUGAGGAGGCGGCCGAAGCGAAAAAGCAGCAGGGAGAGAUAGGUCAGUUCUACCCUUCCCCUCCGGUGGCCAUUCCCGCAAUCGAGGUGCAACCAACCCUUGCAGCAGUGGAAACGAAAAUCACUCCAGAAGCGACGACAGAGGAGGAGCAGGUCGUCAAGGUGGAAGAAGCAGAAGUUGUUCCCCAGGACAAAAAGGAACCUGAACCUGAAGUGCCGGAAAAAGCUGAACAAGAAAAAUCGGUCGUGGAGGAAGUGGAGGUUACAUUAAAGCCUGCUCCCGAAGCAGAAAAAAUUGCUGCUCCUGAGGUGGUUGUUGCUAACAUUCCUGCAAAGGUGGUGGAGCCUGAAAAACCUGCUGAGGCGAAAGAGGAGGUCCUACCUGCGCCUGCUGUUCAGACAAAGAAGCCUGAACCUAAGGAGGUUGUGGAGGAGGAAAAGGAAUCAGAGAUUGAAGAGUCAUCGGAUGAUGAUUACAAGCCACGGCCGGUCAAUAUUCAAACAUAUCCAGCAAGGACAAAGAGAAAUUUGCUUAGAAGGCAGACCAUUUCACAAUCGGCGCAGAGCGUGACGGACGAAUCCAUGCCAAACAGCCCAGUGUCUGUUGACGACGAGAAGAACAAAUCGUUCAAGAAGGCCAUGCUGCUGAUUUGGGAUCAAAUCGCCGCACACAAGAACGCGUCGAUUUUCCUCAAACCAAUCACAAAUGAAAUGGUUGCAGGUUAUAGGACCGUGGUUUUGAGGCCGAUGGACUUGUGCACGAUUAAAAAGAACAUUGAGCUUGGAAACGUGACAUCUGCCGAGGCGUUCCAAAGAGACGUGCGGCUGAUUUUCAUGAACGCAGUCAUGUACAACCCAAGUAACCACAACAUUGCGCAAAUGGCGAUUGAAAUGCAAAAGGACUGUCAGGAGGAAUUCCAGGUGUAUGCUGCUGCCCAAGAGAGCAAGUCCAACAAGCGGGAAACGAGAGAAGGAAGCAAACGCCACGAUGUGUCAGUAGACGAAUCGGCUCCACCAACAAAAAAGAAGUUUGUCACCUUCUUCAGUGACUCGUCAGACGAAGAAUCGUAGUUUAAUAGUGGUUUAUUGAUUUCGCUGUGUAUUUCCAUAAUAAAACUCAAUAAAAUAG